CUGUAUUAUUCCUUUUUCCAUAAAACAUCACCUUUAGGUUCAAGAUCAUGAUUUGUGCCGCUUCGGAGCUGCACCGGAACUGAUAGCAUGGAUCCAGACAGUGGGGCAGACACCCAGCGAGCUCUCAGUCUGCAAUGGAAGAGCUACAAGCUUGUACAGGACCCUGCCAUCCGCAGGGUUGCCCAGAAGAUCUACAGAUACGAUGGAAUUUACUUCAGCGUGCCGGACUCAGGGUUCCCACCUGUGGGGGAGUUACGUGACCCUCGACCACGAAGAAUCUGGUCCAGGCACAUAGAACUGUCUCUUCCUUUGCCCAAAUUUAAGCUGGAUGAGUAUUAUGUGGGUCCUAUUCCACUGAAGGAGGUGACAUUUGCUAGGUUGAAUGACAACAUCAAGGAGCCCUUCCUGUUGGAGAUGUGUGCCAAGUUCGGCGAGGUAGAGGAAAUGGAGAUCCUGUUUCACCCCAAGACCCGGAAGCACUUGGGCUUGGCCCGUGUUCUCUUCACCAGCACCAGGGGGGCCAAAGACACUGUCAAACACCUGCACAACACCUCGGUUAUGGGAAACAUCAUCCAUGCCCAGCUGGACAUUAAAGGCCAGCAGAGGAUGAAGUAUUAUGACCUGAUUGUUAGUGGCUCGUGCACCCCUCAGACGGUGCCAACCGGGGGCAGAGCCCUCACCGAGAAGUUUCAGCCCCCUGCCCUGGCCCAGCCUGACACGUCAUCUGACAUCAGGCGGAGGCUCUCUAUAGAUCAGGUGCCAGUACCCCCUCUGGGCAGUACAACGCCGUGCUCCGUGGACACUGCUUUUGGGGACCAGCGUCUGGACACACCCCCGUCCUCCCUUGGGGGGCCGUACACGCCAGGCUCCUCUGCGUCCUCCCAGGGAGGAGGCACCCCUUACACACCCCGCUCCGGUACCCCCUUCUCCCAAGACUCCGGCUACUCUGGAGCCAGGCAUGCCGGAUACAGUGGCGGUCCUCUGAGCAGCAGCUAUGCUCCGCAGGACAUGCUUCCGUCCUCCUCUUGCUCUUCCUCCACCGUGUCCUCCUCCUCAGGGUUCAAGCCUCCACGUUACUAUGACGACCCCCACGGCCCUCCCCCGCAGGAGCCUCCCAUGUACCACAGAGGCCGUCCCAGCUACCCGCCCCCUUCGGCGCCAUUUCGCCCCGGCGAGCCUCCCUGUUACCCUCCGUAUCACAACGCGGGUGGAGCAGGGAUGCAUAUGCCACCCCACCCCCACUUGCCACCCACGGGCUCCAUGUAUGAGUCUCCGCCCAUGGUUGAGCGAGAGAGGGACAGAGACCGGGACCGAGAGAGGGGGUCUAGAGAUAGGGAUCGAGACAGGGACAGCGGGGGGCGUUAUGGAGGGUCUCGGCGUUCCUCCUACCACCAUCAACAGGACGUAAACUCUUCAUCUGGCUCCUCCUCCAAAUCCUCCUACCAUUCCCACCACUCCCAUCACUCCCACCACCCAGAGCGGCGGGAGGAACGGGACGGCAGGCCGUACCGGCGGGACAGCUCGGGGUCCCGCUCCGGAGACCACGGAAGGCACCGGAACCACCACCACCACUCCCACAACCACCACAGCCGCCGGCGGAGCAGCAGGGACCGCGACUGGGAGAGGGACAGGGACCGGGACCGAGACGGAGACUUCUCCAACAGCUCCGACCCUCGAUACGGAGGCCACGCCAACCCCAGCCUUCGCUCCUCCAACAGUCUCUCGCCUCCGCCUGCCUCCGCCUCGUAUGGCGGGUACGCUCCUCCCAAAGACCUGCCCUCUCAAGAUGCCCCUUCCUCAUCCCGGUUGGAACCCUCGCCAUCCUUCCGGAGCCAACACAGUGGUGUGGGUGGAGGCGAAAGGGGCUCGUCGGCGGGCGGAGGCUUGGACAACGACUACCGCGGCCACCCUCACCACGCGCCCCUGCCUCCGCCCCCUCCCCCUCCGCCCCCUCCCCUCCCACCUGCGUCCGUCAUUGCGGCCGCCGUGGCCGAGACUCUCGGCUCUCUGGACUUCGGGCAGGAGAGCCCCGUCCUGGAGGAGCAGUGGACCAAGGCCAAACGCAGGCCCAGCACUCCUCCACAGCCCCCGCGGACCCCUCCGCCCUCGUCUCCCCCGCACGCCUCCGUCCCGUCGUCCUCCACCUCCCCGUCCUCCACCUCUCUGCCCCACCACCUCUCCUCGUCCUCCGCCGCGGCCUCCCUCUCCCCGCCCCUCCCCCAGCGAGACUCCUCCCCAGAGCCGGACUCCACCAACGAGAGCCUCCCGUUCGUCCACCACAGCAGCAGUUUGGACUCGCGUAUCGAGAUGCUGCUGAAAGAGCAGAAGGCCAAGUUCUCCUUCCUCGCAUCGGACGACGACGAAGAGGAGGAGAAGGAGGCGGAGCGGGAGGUGGAGAGUGAGGAGAAGAAAGCGCCCGGGGGAGACGCCGAAGGAGAGCCGGCUAAGCGGAGGCCGCAGGACGGGGAGAGGGUGAACCCCGUGAGACAGGGCGAGGGUGAGGGUGGCCAGCCGAGGAGACGAGCGGACCGAGACGGGCGCAGGAGCCGGACGAGGAAGCGGGCGACAGCAGCUCUGGCAGCAGGCGGUGCAGCUGAAGGCCACAAGAGCCCCGCAGAAGUGGUCCCCCUCGUCCCCUCGGCGUCCGACUCGCCGCAGGCCCAGGUGGUCCUGCCCCAGGAGGACCACGCCCACGCGGCCUCCGAUACACCCAAGGGCGCCGCCGCCCACACUCCGCCCGCAUACAAUGGAGAGGGACAGCCAUCUCCACACUCAUCCGGGGAAGACAUGGAGAUCUCGGACGAAGAAGACGACGAAGGCGUCGCCAUGGCGGCGCCGCACGCUUCCUCCACGGCCCCCGCCGCCGCCGCUUCGUCCUCCUCGUCUCCUGCCGCGUCCUCCCAGUCGGCGCUUCCGUCCCAGACCCCGGACCCGUCCGCCAGUCCCCCUCCGGACAGCACGCAGCACUUCAACAGCAGCAUGGGCCUCCCGCCCAUCCCCUCCUACCCUCCCCACCUGCCCCCUCCGCCCCCUCCCGGCUUCUCCCUCCAGCCGCCCCCGCCCCCCGGCAUCCCGCCCCCCCUGCCGCACAUGGAGCUCCACCCGGAGUACCCUCCGCCCCUGUCCCACCACAUGUACGACUACACCAACUCCGUGGAGCUGAUGAGCCAGUACAGCGGCAUGUCCUUCCAGAUGCAGACGCAGAUGCUCAGCCGCCUGCACCAGAUGCGGGUGUCCAGCGGCAGCGGCUCCACGGCGCCCCCUCCUGGCGAUCACCCGCCUGCCUCGGAAUACCCCCCCUCUUACCAUCUCCACUCUAUGCCCCCUCCUCACGCGCCUCCUCCCCAUCCCCACCACCCUUACAUGGACCAAGAUGGGGCCGCGGGAAACCACUACGACCAGGACCACCGCUACAUGCCCCCGCACAUCUCGUACGCGUACCCAGACCCCCAUUCUGCCCAGCUGCCCCUGCCCCACCAUCACGCCGUCCCUCCCCCGCAUCCCCCCUGGCCCCCACACGUCCUGCCGCAGCACUACCCUGCCCACUAUCCCCCGCCGGGGUACGGCGCGGCGCCAGGCGUAGAGGGCGAUCGGUAUGGGACGGAGGGUAGCCCGAUGGCCGUGGUGGGCCAGAACCCCCACGAGGCCACGGUGCAGCAGGUGCUGGCUUCCCUGAUCGAGGAGAUGAAGAACAUCAUGCAGAGAGACUUGAACCGCAAGAUGGUGGAGAACGUCGCCUUCGGCACCUUCGACGAGUGGUGGGAGCGCAAGGAGAGGAAGGCCAAGCCUUUCCAGACAGCGCUGCGAGGCGUGUCGGUGGUGCGGGAGGAGGAGAAGAAGGAGGACAAGGUGAGCAGCCGGCCGCGUGAGCCCCUCAUGUCUCUGGUGGACUGGGCCAAGAGCGGAGGCAUGGAGGGCUUCUCCCUGCGGGGGGCGCUGCGCCUGCCCUCCUUCAAGGUGAAGAGGAAAGCGCCUCAGGAACUGGCUGAUGAUGUAUCUCUGAAAAGAGCCAGACCUUCCACUCCACCCGACGAGGAAGAUGAAGACUCGUACCAGGGUAAGGCAACGGGUAGCGCCGGCCGUCCUGAGGAGAGUCGGCCUGGUGACAGAGACGCCGCUCGCCGGAGAAAGAGAGCCAGGGCUCGCAAGCCUUACGACCUGGACAGCGAAGGCGAAGAGACCUCGGAUGAAUCGUCUUCUGAAAAGGAGGAGGAGGAUGACAGCGAUAAAGAUGAGUCGGAAGAUGAAGCUCUCAGCGCAGACAGCGAUGAUGAGAGCAUCUCCUCUUCAUCGGGAAGCUCGUCGUCCUCUUCUUCCUCUUCCUCUUCCUCGUCGUCUUCCUCCUCAUCCGAAGAUGAGGAGGAUGAUGAGAUUGAGCGGGCAGGGGAGAGCGAGGGCUUGGAUACCAUGGAUGAGUCCACGAUGGACAGCUUGGCUCUGGACAUGGAGAAAGAGCAGAAGGAGAAAAUAAGCGCCGUCCAGUCAGCCACGGCGGCUGUGCAGGAUGAAUCGGAAGACAAGACGGCAGCUGCUGCAGCGGUGGAUCGCCGGCCCUCCUCCCCUAUCCUGCCUCCCCUCAAGAAACGACGCAAGACCGUGUCAUUCUCCAUGGAGGAGAGUGAGGUGAAGCCCGGCACGCCCCCGCCGGCUGAGCCGCUGUCUCAGACCUUCCUCCUCUCUCCCGUCAAAUCUCAGCCUCCGGAUGUGCUCACAGCGACCUCGCCCGGAGCCACGUCCACUGGCGUCGCCCCACCCACGUCCUCCAAACCCCUCCCCAUGCUUCGCCCCUUUGCCUCGCGCCCGGGCAAUGCCCUCUCCCCCUCCCCGGCCCCUGUUCUCACCGUGCCGCCCCCAGUGCGUGCUCUCCGACCGGAGGAGCCCAGGAAGAGCCCCGGCCCCGCUCACUCCCCGCAGGCUGCUCCUGCCAAGACCCCCGCCAGACGAGGGCCCGGGAAAGACUCCCCCAGAGCCCCUGCUGCCCCUGUCUGUCUCACGGUCCAGAACCUCCCGCUGGACCACGCCUCGCUGGUCCGAGUGGCCUACGAGGAGCCUGCCCCCGCUCCGGCGAUGCCCACGCAGAAGGGCCGCCCCCGCGGCCGCCCCCGGACGGUUAGCCAGUCGGCCUCCACCCCUCCUCCGCACCCUGUGCUGCUGGAGGAGGAGGAGGAGGACGAGGAGGAGGAGCGGCUGGAGCAGAGGCUGAGGCUCCGGGAGCAGUUGGGUGCAUCCAGCCUGCUGCAGCUGGCCACCGCAGCCCCGCACGACCUCUCCGUGCUGGCCGACGUGGCCUUAAACAUGGACACCGACGCAGACGUGGACUCGGAGGAGACGGAGACCUCGGACGAGGCCGAGGAGCACAAGUUUGAGGAGGAAGAGGGGGGCCUGUAUGCUCCUUACCCACGGUUCCCCCUGCUGGAUCUGGAGGGCAUGUUCAUCCUGCAGGAGCACAACUACUCCAAAUUCCUCACUGUCCUUGCUGCUCCUCCUCUCACGCCCUCCCUAAAGAGGGCAAAGCAGGACCCCACUGUUUUACUCCCCGCGGACCUCAAUCAGCACGGCGUGCAGGAGGCGCCGGAGGAGGUCAUUGGAGAUGCUCAGCUGGGCAGGGUGGACGCGGCAGACUACUUUGGCCCUCUGGGGGCCCUCCCCGGGGUGGGCCUCGUCUGCGAGGCCAGGGAUUCGACCGAGGCCCUCAGUCCGGCUUCCAAACGGAGAGCGUUGCUCAAAAGAGAGGAGGAGCUUGAGAGAGGGAAGACUAAAAAGAGAACUAGGAAAGACAAGAAAGAGAAUGAGACCGUGAACCUACAGCCCACCAAGAAAGAAGAACAGGCCAAGAGACAGAGGAAAAGGAAGUUAGAGGACCUGGAGGAGGACGUGGACGUGGAGGAGCUGGAACCGGCCGAUCUGUCCAGCUCUAGCUCGGACUCCGCCGACUCUGACUUUGGCCUGGACGACUCACUCGCGUUCGAGCGCGAGGAGGUGAGGAAGAGCGAGCGCCUCUUCCUCCAGGAGGCUGGUGUGACCCCAUCCACCCAGAGGCGGGCCAAGCAGCCCGUGCUGGGGGCAGAGCUCCUGGUCCCGGAGGCGCGGCGCACAUUUGACCACCGCAGCGAAUUUGAGCAGAUGACCAUCCUGUACGACAUUUGGAACAGCGGCUUGGACCUGGAGGACAUGAGACUGCUGAAGAGCACCUACGAGAAGCUGCUGCAGGAUGACCACAACACGGACUGGCUCAACGACACGCACUGGGUCCCUCACCCCAUCACCAACAUCCCGAACCCUCGUCGACGGAAGAAGGCACUGGACGGGCAGCUGCGAGAGCACGUGACGGGCUGUGCCCGCAGCGAGGGCUACUACGCCAUCAGCCGCAAGGAGAAGGACGUCUACCUGGAUCUGGACCUCCCCGAGGCCGUGCAGGAGGCCAUGGACUAUGACAUAGCGGGCUCAAACCGCCUGCUGUCUGAGAGGCGUUCGGAGCAGCGCCGCCUCCUCAGUGCCAUCGGCACGCCCGCCGUGAUGGACUCAGAUCUGCUCAAGCUCAACCAGCUCAAGUUCCGCAAGAAGAAGCUGCGUUUCGGCCGCAGCCGCAUCCACGAGUGGGGCCUGUUCGCCAUGGAGCCGAUCGCCGCCGACGAGAUGGUCAUCGAGUACGUGGGCCAGAACAUCAGACAGAUGGUGGCAGACAAUCGGGAGAAGCGCUACGCCCAGGAAGGGAUCGGCAGCAGCUACCUGUUCCGUGUGGAUCAUGACACCAUCAUCGACGCCACCAAAUGUGGCAACCUGGCUCGCUUCAUCAACCACUGCUGCACUCCAAACUGCUACGCAAAGGUGAUUACCAUCGAGGCUCAGAAGAAGAUCGUCAUCUAUUCCAAGCAGCCUAUCGGAGUUAAUGAAGAGAUCACGUAUGACUACAAGUUCCCCAUCGAGGAGAACAAAAUUCCCUGUCUUUGUGGGACGGAGAAUUGCAGAGGGACUCUCAACUAAAGCCUACGUUUCAGCUUUCUCAGUUUCCCACUCUCAUCCGCCA